GCACAGAAGUACUUGAAGCCUUUUGUUAGACGAGUUCGGCGACCAUUUUGUGUAACGGGUUCAGAGAGAACAAGAGAGUAGUCUGUUCUUUGUCGAAGGGAAUUUCAGCUCUGUAGUCGCGUUUAGGGAUUAGUGAGUCGAGUUUUCAUUGAAGCUUUAUCACGAUUUAACCAUGUCUCGUGACCGUUUCAGGAACCGCGGAGGAUUUCAGCAGCGAGGCCGAGGAGGAGGAGGAGGAAUGCGGGGCGGAAUGGGAACCCCAAAUUUUCGAAAUAAUAAUCCGCAGCAGUCAUUUCAGAACCGCGGUCCCCAGCCUGCUGGUGGUGGUGGUGGUGGUUAUAAGCCCAAUCAAGUGAACCAGGCUACUCCGCAGAAACCGGAGGGAUCUAAUGUCCCUUCCAAGCCCGAGAUGAAAUCUCCACCUCCGCAGCAGCCUGAUGCACAGAACAAGGCCCCGGCACCACCACCACAACAGCAGCAGCAACAACAACAACAGAGCCAACCGCCUCCGGCUCAACAACCUCCGGUUCAGUCACCUCCGCCGAAAAGCGUUAACACCAGACCAGAAACCUCAACACCACACAGUCAACCCAGAAAAAAUCAGCAAAAGCCUCCUCCUCCUCCUUCUCCUAACACCGAAGGCCAGACAUCCCGUGCAGCUCAUGGCGCCGAAACACAGGAAUUGAAGGCAUCCCUGGCAAUGCUGCGCAAACCUGGAGAGAAAACUUACACUCAGCGAUGCCGGCUGUUUAUCGGCAAUUUGCCGAACGACAUUACCGAAGACGAGUUCAGAAAAUUAUUUAUCAAGUUUGGAGAGCCCAGUGAAAUCUUCAUUAAUCAAGGCAAAGGGUUUGGCUUCAUAAGGCUGGAGUCGCGUGCUUUAGCAGAGAUUGCAAAGGCCGAGCUGGAUGAUAAACCCAUGAAAGGCAGACCGCUCAGGGUCCGCUUUGCUACCCAUUCAGCUGCUUUGUGUGUCCGUAAUCUGUCCCCAUACGUCUCCAAUGAGCUUCUCGAGGAAGCGUUCUCCCAGUUUGGAGUGAUUGAAAGGGCAGUGGUUGUUGUGGAUGACCGUGGACGCUCUGUUGGAAAAGGCAUAGUCGAGUUUGCUACCAAGCCAGCAGCUCGAAAAGCUCUUGACCGAUGCAAUGAUGGGGUCUUCCUGCUCACUACGUCACCUCGUCCAGUUGUUGUUGAGCUGAUGGAACAGUAUGAUGAUGAAGACGGUCUGCCAGAGAAGCUUGCCCAGAAGAACCCAAAUUAUCAGAAAGAAAGAGAGCAGCCCCCACGUUUUGCCAGACCAGGCACCUUCGAGUUUGAAUACUCACAGCGCUGGAAGUCUCUCGAUGACAUGGAGAAACAGCAGAGGCAGCAGGUGGAGAAAAAUAUCCGUGAAGCCCGUGAGAAGCUGGAGGCAGAAAUGGACGAUGCCUACCAUGAGCACCAGGCUAACUUGCUUCGACAGGAUCUUCUUAGGCGACAAGAAGAACUGCGACGCAUGGAAGAGAUGCAUAAUCAGGAAAUGCAAAAACGCAAAGAGAUGCAGCUGAGGCAAGAGGAGGAGCGCCGCAGACGGGAGGAGGAAAUGAUGCGGCAGAGAGAAAUGGAAGAACAGAUGAGGCGCAAGCGUGAGGAGUCCUACAGAAUGGGUGGUUUCAUGGAGAAUAGAGAACGGGAGAUGAGGAUGAGUUCUGGAGGAGGACUUGGAUUGGCAGAUAUGCAAUUUGGCUCCAACAGCCCGAAGUUCCCGUUGACCAGAAUGAGCUUUGAUCAUGGUCACCAGGGACUUGGUGGGCCAGUGACAGGGGGCAUGGUGUCCAACGAAAUGCAAAAUGAGCGUUUCCCUCAAGGUGGCACUGCAGGUCCGAGAAGCAUGGGUCCUGGCAAUUCAGGAUUUGGUAGAGUCCGUGAGGAAUUCGAAGGACCUGCCAAGAAGCCACGCUUCUAAUGUGGCACUUUUUUUUUUUUUUAAAUAUAGCAGAGCUUGUUCCUGGAUUCCCAGUGGUUCUGGGGUCCUUAAUGUAUUUAAGUUUAAAAAAAAUAUAUACCAUUGGAAUUUUAGCCUGAAGAUCCAUCGUUUUUUGUUUUUGUGGCAAUUUUUAAAAAAAAAAAAAAAGUAAUUUGUGUGUUCAAAUUAGAUCAAAGUAGUGAACUGCUCUGUAAGAGGCUUCUCUUGCUCAGCACAUCCUAUUGUUUUCUCUUUUUCUACAUAUAAUCAAUGUUACUUGUUAUGCUGGUUACUCUUGUAAGUUCUGCUAUUUCUAUGGUUAUGUUCUGUGCCAUUGAACCUUUUGAAAUCCAUGUAAUUUGCAAUAAAGAGUACAUUUGGUUCAAACCCCA